AUGGUGGUGCAAGCCACAGGCAAGCAAAUAGAUGAUGAAGAUUCUGACACGUUAAUUGCGAACCACGACUUGUACACCCUAAAGUCAAAAGGGAUUCUGUCCUCAGGUGUUUGGAAGCUUAAUUUUAUUCUAUCUAGCAAAAGCCACAAGCAAGAUGAUGAAGAUUCUGACGCGUUAAUUGCGAACCACGGCUUGCACAUUCUAGAAAGGAUCAAAGAGAAGAAUCGGCGUGGUGAGCAGGGUGAGAGGUUAGGAAUUCGUAUACAGAGUAGUACCUCACAACUCUUUGUUUUAGGGAAAGCCCAUAAGCAUGGAAGGCCCUUCCUUCCUUCCUUCAAAGCCUAG